AUAUUGUGUAUGCAGGUUUGCGGAAUGACCACGGCCGCGAAUGUUUAUAUCUACAUAUAAAAGGAUGAGGCGAGAUGUCCAAAGCAUCAGUUGCUUUGUGUCUUCAGACGAAUCUACCAACAUGAAAUCUUUUGCUUGCGUCGUCCUCCUCGCGGCUGCCGCUAUGGCCGCCCCCGGCACACAGGGGCAGCGCGUCAAGCGCGGCUACCUGUCCGGCUGGUCAUCGCUGGGCCACCACGGUUACAGCCUGGACUACGCACCCGCCGUCUCCUACAGCCUGCACGAGCCCCUCCACAGUCUGAGCAUCGCGCCGGCGCGCAAGAUCGUGUCCUACGACAAGAUCGUGCAUGAGCCUAAGCUUGUAACGGUAAAGAAAAUAGUGUCCGUUCCGAAAUUGGUGACCGUUCCCAAGAUUGUCUCUGUCUCCAAAAUCGUGGAGGCGCCCCGCAUCUCCUACAGUAGCAUUGGAUCCCACGGCUGGUGGUGAAGAACUCAACCAAAUUAUAGGAUAAUUAAAUAAUAUAUAUUUUUUUUAAA